CUCCGUGGGUGAAGAAACAGUUACGAGUGGGGUGGUGAUACUCCCUGUCAGAGAGGGCUGACAGGCUCGCGGGUUGUGAACGGUGGGAUUGUUCAGUGCGGGUGCGCGAACGCUCGGUUCGGCGAUGCUUGCCAUCGUUAAUUUAUCGCAGUGCGCCGGGGCGAUAUGACGGAGCAUAGACCGCGAAUCACCGAAUCCUGGAUUGUCGAUGACGAUACCGAUGACAGUUAACGGGCCUAAGUGCUAAUCUGUGAAGUGACGUGGGUGUUGGUCGCGUAUGACAGUUCGCAGACUGCCGCUGAUUUCAUUAAGGCGCAAGAUGCACUUGUGAGGGCACGCUCCCUCUAUCUAUCCACGAAGGUGUCACGGAGGGAUUCUCACCCUCUCCCGUUAGUGUCGUGAUAUAUCGGGAGUGUUGCGGGGGUAGUAACGCGCACGGGAGGAGAAGGACGAGGAGUGACGACGGUAGAGGUGGAAGGAAGAGAGGGCCCGAGCCACAGCGGACGCCAUCUCCGCGUUAUCGGCAAGCGGAUCCCUCGGGACUCCCCCCCGAGCAGCAUCGGCGUCGCGCACCCUCGGCGGGAACUACCCCGCGACAGCAGCCACCCUGAUGGGAGUGUAUGAGGAGCGCGCCCCUCCUACCACCGGCAUGCACUGGCAGCCGCCCGGCUCGCAGGAGCGUGGCAGCGGCUUGUCUGUGGGGCGCCAAGGGGGACCUGGUAGCACGGGGGGACCCGGAGCAGUGGACCAGGCGCGGGACCUAAGCCCUUGCCUGCCCGCGUCGAUGGGCGAUGCCGCGCGACCUACCACUCUACCGUGCAGCCCUCCUGCAGCCCAUCAUCAUGGACCUCAUCAUACGCCCCUGCAUCAGACCCACUGCGGCACCAACAACAACUGUUAUGACAGUUCGACCACCCCUUACGACUCGAGAGACUACGACUCUCCUGCAGCAGGUCAAGACUACAGAGGCAGUGGAAAUUACGAGAACGCCAGUGACCUGAGCAUGCCGUCGCAGACCGCACAUCACCAUCCCCAUCAUCAUCACCACCACCAUCCCCAUUUGCACUCGCAGACGCAGCGAACCACGGAUCACCUGCACGCGGUACCGAAGCUGGAACCGCCGCCCACGCCACCCGCGCAGUCCGACGACGUACCCGGGGUGGUUUGCGCGGGAUGUGGUCUCAGGAUAUCCGACAGGUUCUACCUUCAGGCCGUUGAUAGGAGGUGGCAUGCCGCGUGCCUGCAGUGCUCGCAUUGUCGUCAGGGCCUCGACGGACAAGGCACCUGCUACAGCCGAGACGGAAACAUCUACUGCAAGAAGGACUACUAUUUGAUGUUUGGCAAUAUGAAGCGGUGCGCGCGCUGCCAAGCGGCGAUCCUGUCGUCCGAGCUGGUGAUGCGCGCGCGCGAGCUCGUCUUCCACGUGCGCUGCUUCUCGUGCGCGGCGUGCGCGGUGCCCUUAACGAAGGGCGACCAGUUCGGCAUGCGGGACGGCGCCGUCCUUUGCCGGCUGCACUACGAGAUGGGGAGCGAGUUGCAUCCGGCGCAGAGCCCGCCGGUCCCGGUCUACCCCGGGCCGCAUUAUCCUGGCCAGCCCUUCCCCUCUCCCGAGUUCCUUCAUCAUCAUCAUCACCAUCAUCACGCGCCGCCGCAUCCUCAUCACUCGAUGCAUCCCCAACACCCUCACAGUCACGUCAGUCCGGUACCCUUGCAGCCCUCUAUGCCUUCUGUACCCGAUGCGUCCUCACCUCCCAAGGUGCCCUACUUCAACGGCGCCGCCACUGUGGUCCCGCCACCCAGGCAAAAGGGCAGACCCAGGAAGAGGAAACCCAAGGAUCUCGAAGCUAUGACUGCGAGUCUUGACCUGAAUGCGGAUUACAUAGAUAUGCCAUUCGGCAGAGGUCCUGGAACUCCUGGCAUGCCCGGCUCCAAUAGUAGAACGAAGCGAAUGAGGACGAGCUUUAAGCACCAUCAGUUGAGGACGAUGAAGGGCUACUUCCAGGUCAAUCAUAAUCCAGACGCGAAGGACCUCAAGCAGCUUUCCCAGAAAACGGGCUUGCCGAAGAGGGUGCUGCAGGUAUGGUUCCAGAACGCGCGAGCAAAAUGGCGGCGCAUGGUGCUGAAGGAGGGUAAAUCGGACAAAUGCGACAGUGGGGUGGACGGUGGUAGCCUCGGUGACCUUGAGCUUUACGGGAACAGCACCGGAAGUGGCGGACCGCCGAUGAGUCCGUCCUUUGUCCUUGGUGGACACAGUCCCGCGUCUUUGGGUUCCCUGGAUUGCGCGUGAUCCUUGAGGUCCAGGUUCAUCCUUCCUGACUAGCGUCGCGUUCUCGUCCUAGCCAAUAGGGAUGAUCGGAACGCUUGCUCUGCUGGACAAUCGAUCGCGCGGCGAGAUUGCGAGUGCGCGAGACCGAUGUAUUGUGAAUAAUAAUUGAAACGUGUUGUAAAAAAAUAACGUUUCCGCUAUGUCGAUAGUUCGAAUGGGAAAUGAACGAUCAGCGAAAAUCAGGUACGAAGCGGGAUUCGCAUUUCCUUGCUUUUUUAUAUAUUAUUUCACGUUUUCGAACGUCGUUCGAAAGCACCGAUCGCUCGGUCGAAUCGGGGUCUUUAGACGAAAAUUUCAAGAAUUUUUUGUUAUCCUGCAAUCUUAAAAUUCGUUUCUUUAAGGUUGCUCGCUUCGCUCCGAAUGGCUGAAUCUAGGAGAUGUGAGAGAUCGGCACGAAUAUGCCGAUGCGUGGAUCCGUUUAAUCGAAAUAGAAUCGUUGUAUUUAUUGUAGCUCGAAUUGCGGCGCACCGUCGCAGAAUACUAAAGUCGUUCGUGUUGAAAGUAAUGUAAUUAGUAACGAGAUCUAUUUAUUCGUCUAAGCCUAAUUAAGGAUCGCGAACAUUACCAGUGCUGUGAAAAUUCAGUGUUUCGAGGAUUCUCGCAAAAUCGUCGACAUCCUUAAGCAAGGGAAUUCGAUGUUCCUUUCACGGAUUUAUUUAACGUUCGAGGAGUGUCGAUUAUUAUUGCGUUGAAAUGUUGUGAAUCAAUUUAUUGAUUAUACGAAGAUAAUAAUUAAUAUCAUAUACUUUUUUUUCUUGUUUACAGCUUAUAUUUUUUCCAUUCCUGUUUCAGACAUGAUGUAAUUUGUGACGUAAUUAUCUUAAAUGCUUUUUUCCAGCCAUGCAAUAUUGAUCAUUUUUAAUUUACAAAGCAAUAAAAUUAUAAUACAAAUGUCAUAAUACAAAUUAAAAAUAACGAAAUCAAUAAAAAAGUAACAAAUCAAGAUCUCUCCGAAAGUUGCUACCUUGCCAGUUUUUACUUUUUUAUUUAUUCUGGAUGGAUUCUUAAACUCUUGUUGACACUCCAUCGAAUAUGCGAGACGCUGGAUUUUGACGGGGACAAUAUUAAUUAUUUAUAAAAAGAGCUGCGCGCUCUCGGCGUUAUUAUAAUUGUACAUUAUUGCUCAAAAGAUCAGACCGCAAGACACACAGAACCAGAGAUAACACACGGAGGUUCGACGGUUAUUGUAAAUAAAGGACGUUCCUUAAGGCACCGCUAUAGGUUGUAGGGCCCUAUUAAUUGCAUUCGGUAGCGGUCGUGCUUCUCUAGGCGAGAGGUAAUAAUAGUAAUGACGAUACGCAGGACUACUGUUAUUAUUGCUCCUACUAGUAGUCCUCCUUGUAACGAUACGGAAGAAUUGUCCAAUUUUUGCAAGAUCAUUUUUUCAUUGAAUAUAUUUUGACAAUAUA